GCGCGCAUCUGCCGUCGUACUGCGAGGGUCGCCCUUGUGGCCACGCGACGCUCCUCGCUAUUUUCGGCCUCACAUUCCUCACGACUGUUUUUCAAUCUAACGUGGAACGCAUAACGCGCAUGCCGUUUGCGCCUUUGUUAUUGCCGCAUAUACGAAAGAAUUAAACUGUUUAUCUUCUCGAAUUAAGACGAUUCAUGAGUUAACGAUAAUAGUACGAAAAUCGAGGAAACCGGAUGAUAAGGUUUUAUAAAAUAAACCUGGCGGCAUUUGUUACAAUGUUUAAUAGUGUCAGUGAAUGUGUUCAUUGUAAAGUGUUUGUGUGGGAUAAACUUGGGACUAGUGCCUGAUCAACUGUGAACGGAAUGACGAUGGGGCCCACACGGUUACCACCUACGCCCGAGGAAAUGGAACCGACACAAGAGCUCCACGCGCUAAUGGAGCCGAAAACACCGGAUUCCACGAUGCUCAUGUGUGAUUUGGUGCUGGGUCCUACCGCGGUGCUGCAACUGGCAGAGCGCGAAGAGCCGCCGCCUGCCAACAUGCGCCCGCUCUACUCGCUGGCGAUGCGCGGCGCGGUCAUAUGCUUUUCCGGAUUCCGGAAGAAGGAUGAACUUACGUACCUGAUAACGUUGAUACACUACAUGGGUGGGUCUAUCCGCAAGGACAUGUCGAGCAAGGUGACGCACCUGAUCGCGGCCGCCGCCACCGGCGACAAGUACCGCUACGCGUCCGGGUUCGGGCUGCCCGUCCUGGCGCGCUCGUGGGUCGACGCGUGCUGGCAGCGGCGCGACGACCCCGCCUGCCGCGCUACCGACGACGCUCUCAUUAAAGAACACAAGCUGAAAGUGUUCGCGGGCGCGCGCGUGUGCUUCGUGGGCUUCCCCGAGGAUGAGACGCAGCACAUGGCCGAGGUGCUCGCCAGCAACGGCGGCGCCGCCUGCGCGCUCGACCACGCCGACUGCACGCACGUCGUAAUGGCCAAUGGGGAGACUUUCGGUCGUUCGCUUAUCCUAUCACCUCACCUGAACUCGUCCAGUUCUUCUGCGAAGCCCUCCCGGCCUACUCCCAACCGGUCCCAGUCCACUCCUAAGACCUCUCUGUACCGCAGGCUGUCGGCGCGGCUGUCGGGCCGUCGCCCCAGCCCGACCAAACAAGCUACGCACAGUAGCAGCGAUUGUCAAGACGACAGAGAGGCUCGAUUGCAACUCGCUCUCGACACUAUUAGAGAUAAACACUUGACGCCCAAAGACCAAACAGACGGAUACAGUAUUAACUAUUUAGGAAAAUCGUUUACGGACGACUUGUGUUCGUACGACGGUGACAAAAGUAACUCACAUGUUGAUCAUGUUGACUUGCGGAAGUACAAAGCGUGCGACAAAGAGAAUAAAGACGCAUCUCAACAACUGCACAACUCGCUGCGGACCAACGUUAAAGAUAAAAGAGAAGUGUUUAGGAACAAAUCUAUGAAUGUAUUUAAUUUAGUGGACUGUCUCACAGAGGCAGGAUCCUUACAUUCUUCCCUCACUAAGAGUCUGUGCGAUCUUGACCCUAAAGAUGAAGCUGGGUUCCUUUUACCUAAUUCAAAAGGAAAAAAUGAAUUACGCCAAUCAACGACAACAAUUUCCUCGGGCAAAAAAAGGAGUCGAAAUUCUACCGAUUCUAGUUUUCAAGUAAGCACAAUAGACGUAAAUCUAUCGCCGGACAAAUGUGAAGACAGCAAUUGGAAAUCUAUUAAAAGAUUGAAAAUUAAAGAUUCAUUUAAAUUCAAAACUAAACCUACGAUAUUUAAAAAAACAAAGAAAGAAUCUGUUUCGAAACCCACUGGUGACAUAGUAGUGGAGCCCGUCAGCCCCGACAGCGUGAAGCCCACCGACCCGGCGGGAGAGUUCGUCGCUUCUACAUCUUCACCGAUUAGAGAAGAUGACAACGCUUCAAUUUGCUCAAUGAAUACAAGUAAACAGUCGGGAUUUUUCGAUAUAUCAUUCGCUUCGUUACGAAGUUCCAAAACUGUAAAAUCAGCUUCAAAACUACGCAGAAGUGUUAAAUCAUUCACGGCUUCGUUCCGAAGUGAAAGGAAAAAGAAAUACGAACAACGGGCAGAACGCAACACAGUGGAAGUGGACGCUAGACAUUUACCUCCUAAUCUUAAGAAUGUAUCGACACCAAAGAGAGACCUCGAUGAGAUGAAAUUAGACAUUUCCCCGGUGCAGGUGGAUACAGUAGAUAGUACCGAAAUAAUUACUCCAGUAAGACACACAGAGGUGGAUGAAUUAGAUGAUUCGACAGUGUUUAAAACUCCGCAAGCGAUAUGGCCUCGUAGCCACCGUCACUCGAUCUGUGGAGGGUUCGAGCUGCAAGCUUGCACGUCGUCCGGCCCGCCGACGCCGCCGCUCCGCGCCCCCGUCGCCCCCUCCGUCCCGCCCGCUCCCCGCUCCAGCCGCGAGCUGACGCAGCCCGCCUCGACGCCCCCCAUCCGCGACGCCCGCGCCAUAUCGCAAUGCCAUGGAAUCUCGCUGCCGGUCGUUGAUGAACACAAUACAGUGCUGGCGCCGGAAUGCUCGACACGCGUGCACGUCGUCAAGGCCGAAUGGUUCUGGGCGUCUGUGCAGAACGAAGAGGCGCAGGACGAAAGGGACUACUUAUUUAAAGACUACUUAGACGAGGUAUCGCGGCGAUCGUCGGUGGGCGGUGCUACGGGGACGUGUGUUGCGAAUGACGAGGCCACGGGUGGAGGCGGCGCAGGCAGCGGCGGGGGGUGCGCGGGACCGGGUGCAGCGGGCGGCACGCCGGCGCACCUGCAGCGUCUGCGCAAGCGCAAGCUACGCGGCGGCGAGUCAGCGCUGCACAAGCGGCGCUCCUCUGUGGGCGACGCCGUGCUAUUGAGUCUGUCCGGCAACCUGCUCGACUGCACGCCCUCGCCUGAUGGGAAACAACUGCUUGAAGAAUCUGAAGUUCCUGAUAAUGUGGUCAGAAAGUUGAUGUCACCGCGCCAACAAGUGUUUAUGGAACUAUUACAGACGGAAUCGAAUUAUGUUGGAAUCUUACAUACAAUAGUCACGUUGUUCAAACAACCAUUAGAAGUGAUGGCUGAGGAGGACAGCAGUAAUGGUAAAAAUCAAGCGUUACUGAAUAACACUGAACUCAAAAUUAUAUUUGGCAACUUACCGCCUAUUUACGAGCUCCACCAACGGAUGCUGGAGGAUUUGCGGCACACGCAGAUGCACUGGAGCGAGGAGAUGAGCAUCGGCCGGCUGGUGCUGAAGUACACACCCGACAUGGUGAAGGCGUACCCACCCUUCGUAAACUUUUUUGAAAACACCAAGGAGAUGUUGCAACAAUGUGAUCGUGAGAACCCAAGAUUUCAUGCAUUCCUGAAAAUCUGCCAAACUAAACCAGAAUGUGGUAGACAGAGCUUACAGGAACUCUUAAUUAGACCAGUGCAACGAUUACCUAGCAUAAGUUUAUUACUUGACGAUAUACUAAAGCACACGCACAAGAACAACCCCGACCACGCCGCGCUCGUGCGCGCGCUGGCCGGCCUGCGCGAGGUCAUGUCGCACAUCAACGAGGACAAGCGUAAGACCGAGGGGCAGCUGCAGAUGUUCGACAUCUACAACGACAUCGACCAGUGUCCGGCUCACCUCGUUUCGUCACAUCGAUCGUUCGUGUCGCGCUGUGAAGUUGUAGAACUUUCUAAAGAGCUUUCCGGCAGGGGAGAUCAUUUAGUGCUAUUUCUCUUCACUGAUACCAUGGAAGUUUGCAAGAAGAGAUCUAAAGCUUUCAACAGUAAGAGCCCUACGAACGGAACCGGCACGAUGCGGAUAGGAUCCAGCAAACCAUAUAGGCAUAUAUCGCUGAUGCCCCUAAGCACGGUCAAGCGGGUCGUCGAUAUCAGAGAGGCUGAAGAUUGCCACAACGUGUUCGCACUGAUGUGCCGCAAUAAUCAGGAGCUGAAAGAGAAGCUAUUCUCAUUCAUGAUCACAGACGAGACGGUCGACAAGUCACAUUUCCUGCGACAGCUCUGCCGACAAAUGGCCAACACCGUCUGCAAAGCGGAUGCUGACAAAUUCCUCGCGUGCCUCGACUCGCAUCAACUCGACAUCGACACGAGCGACCUCGCGCUGAGCACGUUUUCAAAAGUAUCUAAAUUUGCAGCUAGAACUAGAAUAAAGCUGGAGGCGCUGGCCGGGCUGGGCGGCUGGCUGCGCGCCGACCCGGGCGCCGGGCUGCUAGACACAUGGGUAUUGCGCGCUCACUUACUCGCACAGGUGGGUCGAGCGUUGUCGUUCAAUAAGACCCCUUCGAAAUUGAAGCGCGCGAUGUCUUCUAUGAUAUCGCCGUUCGGAUCCACCUCCAACCUGACUCCUGCAUCGCAGCUGGCGCAGAUGAGGCUCGCCAGCUGCAACAAUAUAAAUGAGAUGGGCGCGAGCGGCGCGUGCGGCGGCUGCGGCGGCGCGGAGGGCGCGGUGGGCGCCGUGCUCGUGGCGCCGCUGUCGGUGCAGCCCACGCGCAAGGCCACGGCCGGCGCCGCCGCCGCGCUGCGCCGCUUCUGACGCCGCAGUCCGCGCCGCGCCUGACGCCCGCACUGACGCCCGCACCGACGCCCGCACCGACGAUCCUACUCGUGCCUGCUGUGCCUUGCGACUCGGUUGGAGAAACAAAUACUUUUACUCGUACAGGUUAAAUUAUUUGAUAGUAUUAUUAUUUGUUACGGUCGGACGAGCUGUUGAAAUCGAAUAUUAUAUAAUAUAAUUUAAAUCAAUAAUUAAAGUGUGUAUUUGAUGUUGUGAUUUCAAGCGACGUUCAUAAAACUGCGUGAUCGAGUCACUAAUCCCGUAUUCGUGGACAGGUUUAAAGUAGUCAGUCUGUCAGUUUUAUGAGCUCUAUACUUUGUUUUGGAUAUAGUACAUAACUUAUUUUCUGGGCGAUUACGGUGCCAUUAUGCGGGAUCAGUGAAAUAUCUUUGUAAUUAUAAUGUGAAUAUUCUACGUGCGGUGACAUGUCACAGAUUAUUAUCGAUAUUAUUGAGAUUUAGCGUUGAGGAUAAUGUGUACAUAUUGUGAUAUUUUAAUUUAAUCAACAAAUAGGCAACAUAGGUUAAAGUAGUCAUUAACCAUAUUCCCGUCUGCUAUGUUGUGGGGCGUUCCUAUAGUGGCGAGCGGCGCCGGUCGCGUGGGCCGCGUCGGGGCUGUUGUAAGGUCUCGCUUGUUAGUCAUUGUUUCGGGACAGUGGAAGUUGCCAAUGUGUAAAUAGUGUGCAUCAGAGCUUCUAAUGAGCCAUCUUAACGACGCCCUUAUUUAUAUGAACUUCCUUGAUUCUGUUUUAAAUGCGUCCGUCGUAUCUGUACAAGUCUUGAUGACCUCUUGUGCAACACAAACGUGGUCAGUCGGCGCAUUCACCAUUGUUGUACGAAUUGAAUCUGAUGAUAUUUUGUUGUAUUAUUAGAACGCUCUAAGUCUUUGAAUGAUAAUUAUUGAUAACCUUGUUAGAUAUAAUAAAAAUCAAUAAAAUUAUAUUGUAACGUUAAACGAGCAUCAAACGCAAUACUUUAUUUGACUAAAAUGCCAAAAAAAAACGGAAUCGUCCUUUUGAGCAAUCCUGUAUUUCGAGAAUAUAAUUUUCUCGUAUUAGUUAGUGGAGGUUAUAAAGUUGUUAAACAAUGCCAUUAAAUGUGCUGUAAUUGUAAAUGGCGGUGUUAUCUCUGUAUUUUUGGAUAUUACGGGCACUUGUUGUUUUGCCAUACUGUAAGUCAUAGUAUUAGACUAGGCAAGUCUGAUGACUGGACUCGUAGUGUGUGUACCGGUUGUAAACUCGGCGCAUCGGACAAGAGGCAUAAGGCUACGUAUCAUUAAUUAUAUGUGCGCAUAUUAAUGCAUUGUACAAAGAUCUAUAUUUAUAAAUAUUUUAAGUGAUUGAUAAAAUAAAUUUUAUUCUCAAUCAGUGA